AUGAGAAGAGCUCAAUUCACAUUAUUUAAAGCACCUCAUGAAAAAAGAGAUAAUGAGUUAGAGGGAAAAUAUUGGGACGACUUUACUCCUGUUUCAUCUUACACAUACCCUUCUCCUAAAUGUAUUAGAUUUUCUCCUUCUCAAAAACAAACAUUUGCUGUAUGUAGUGGAAUGAAUGUGUUUGUUCAUUCAAGUACAGAAAGUCAACCUAAAGUAAUUACUCGACACAAAGAUUUUGUUUAUACCUGUGAAUAUAGAAAUGAUGGGGCUUUAAUUAGUACUGGAUGUGCAGAUGGUAAAGUGCGUGUAUUUGAUUCAACUAAUAAAACAUUAUUAAGGACAUUAUCUGGUCAUUCUGCUGCAGUAAGAACUGUUUGUUGGGGUAAAGAAAUGUUAUAUUCUAGUGGAGAUGAUAUGGUAGUUAAGGCAUGGGAUUUUACUACUAAGUCAGUCAUUGGUUCAUAUACCAAUCAUACAGACUCUGUUCGUUCUAUAGUUCAAUGUCCAACAAAUCCAUUUCUUAUUGCAUCUGGUUCUUAUGAUCAUACAGUUGUUUUGUAUGAUACACGUUCAAAGAACUCAAUUAAUGUAUUUAAACAUAAAAAUCCAGUAGAAGAUAUUGUAUUCCAUCCAGUUGGUACUUUAAUUGCUGUUGCUAAUGGGCAAAUGAUAACAGUAUGGGAUUCUACUACAGGUUCACAAAUUUCAGAUUAUAGUUAUCAUACAAAUCUUGUAACAAAUAUUCUUUUUGAUACUGAUGGAAAUAGGUUAUUCUCUUCAUCAUUAGACUGUUCAAUUAAUGUUUAUGAAACAACAAAUUAUAGUAAAUUACAUAAUCUUGUGUAUCCAUCACCAAUUCUUUCAUUUGACAUGAAUAAAGAUUCUACCGCUUUUUCUGUGGGAUUAACGAAUGGAGAAGUUAUUUUAUUUGCAAAACAACAACCACAACAAGCAGAAAACCAUUCUGCUUCAUCAGCAAAAUACUUCUUCCAAGGUAAAACCCAAACAUCAGAAGAAAAAAAAGAACCUGAAAUUAAUAAAACUAAGAGCGAUAUUUCUGUAAAUAUCAGAAAAUUUGAUUACGAUGAUGCUCUUGAUAAGGCAUUGGCAACAAAAGAUGAAACUAUUAUUAUUUCUGUUAUAAGAGAAAUUUUAUAUAGAAACGGUUUAAAAAUUGCAUUAUCUCGUCGUGAUGAAAAUACAUUAGAACCUCUAAUGACAUUUUUAAUAAAUACACUUCCAAAUCCAUUACAUACUAAAAUUCUUGUUGAGGUCAUGUCUCAGUUAUUAGAUUUAUACGCUCAAGAUCUUGGUAAAAGUGUUGUUUUUGAUGAAAUGUUCUUUAAAAUGCAAAAAAGACUCGAAAAAGAAAUUCAGCUAAAUAAAAAUAUGCAACAACUUCUUGGUCAAAUUGAUUUAAUUAUUGGAGCUGCUGAUUGUGCUAGAAGUAAAAGUGAUUGA